CCACAUGCACACAUGAGUUAGGUUGUAAACAAUAAAACAUACAUUUACCAUGGAGGAAGGUUUAGAAUUACUGGAACCAACAGAGAUGUACAAUAUGCUUCAACAGGCAACGAUUUUCUCUAACCUAACAGAUCCUAAUUAUAUGCUGCUAAUGGAUGCAAGAAAUAAAAAUGAGUACAAUGAAAGCCAUGUUGUUACUGCUAAAAAGGUGCCAAAGAAUGAAGAUGGUUAUUUUGUGUUACCCUAUGAUGCUGAAUUAGAAUGUAAACAGAAUAUUGUGGUGUACGACAGUAAUACUUCUACAUUAAGAGAACCAGAGGCACCUGCUUUAGACUGUGGAAGAAUGCUCUGGGAUAUGGGUAGUCGGAACAAAGUAAAAAUUCUGAAAGGUGGAUAUGAAGAAUUUUCAGCACUCUACCCAUUUUUACGGACUCAAAAGAUUAUGUUUAUGCCAAGGGAGAUGGAUGACAACUUGAAACCUUACCCAACAGAAAUCAUGCCUGGAGUUCUAUACCUCGGAAAUUGGAGGCAGGGAAAUGCUCCAUACAUUCAGAAAGACUUAAAAGUCAAAGGACAUGUUAACUGUUGUGUGGAGUCAGAAACUUUUUUUUCAGACCCUGGUCCACAUUUGCUCCACAUUCAGGUGGAAGAUGAUAAUGAGGCAGACCUCUAUAGCAAAUUCCAAACUGCCUGUACAUUUAUUGAUACCCACAAAGACAAAAAUGAAGUAGUGCUAGUAUUCUCUAAUUUAGGAAUCAGUCGGAGUGCCACUAUUGUUCUGGCUUAUCUCAUUUACAAGUUCAAAUGGACUCUUCAGGAAGCAUACGACCAUGUUCUGAAAUGCUGCAAAACAAUUCGACCAAACAGAGGUUUCAUUCAACAGCUAUCUAAAUGGGAGGAGGCAGUUUUAGGAGGAAAAAAGACCAAUAUCGAGGACCCCAAUUUCUAAAACCUGUUUUUUUUCUUGGUACUUUGAUUAUACUGAAGGAACAGUAAAAAAAGACAAUUCAUUUGAACUAUCAAGUCUAAUCAUGUUGCUCUUGAUCUAUAAUGUAUGAUUAGAACUGUCAAUUCAUUUAUAUUAAAUUGUACUUCAAGUCUGAAUAAAGAAAUCAGAUUUAAUACUAUGAAAAUACGUGUAUGUAGGUAAAUUGUA